AUGUCGCAGAUUCAGAAGGUGCACCUCACGUACUUCCCCCUGCGCGGCGUUGUCGAGAAGCUGCGUCUUGUGCUCGAGGCUGGCGGUAUUCCCUACGAGGAGACCAGGCUGAGGCCGAAGGAGUGGGGCGCCCACAAGAAGUCCGGCGGGUACCUGUUCGAGCAGCUGCCCAAGGCGACCAUCACCUUCGAGGACGGCUCCACGUUCGACCUCUUCCAGAGCCUCACCAUCUUCCGCUACCUGGCCCGCAAGGCCGGGCUGGCCGGGGAGGGCGAGCUGAACCAGGCGCGCGUGGAGAUGCUCAUCGACGCCUCGGAGGACCUCAGGCAGAAGUUCGCCAAGGUGUGCUACUCGCCCGACUUUGAGAAGCUGCGCGGCCCCUACGUGGCCGAGACCAUGCCCGUCGAGUUUGGCAAGAUCGAGAACAUCCUCAAGAGCAACGGCACCGGCUUCCUCGUCGGCAGCUCGUUGACGGCUGCGGAUCUGUACCUGUUCGACGUGGUGGAGAACCACAUCGUGCUGGCCACCGACCAGUUCCUGGAGCCCUUCCCGCUGCUCAAGAAGCACCACGAGACCGUGGGCUCCCACGCCAAGAUCCACGCCUACGUGGCCAGCGGCAAGCGCCCCCAGUUCCCCAACGGACCCACCGCCAUCUUCGGCGGCUACAAGGAGGAGGCCACCAACUGA